AUGUUUGAAAAGAAGUUUGAAAAUUUUGUCACAAGUAUUCCAGUUUCUGUUUACCCAUUGGGGCUUUGGUUUGAAUUGAAAGCCAAAGAAGAACCUCAAAUUCGUAUCAACGAAUUGUAUUCAAUGGAAGGCGAAAAUGAGCUUUACCCAAUAUUUGAAAUAGCCAAGUUAAAAAAAGAAGAAAUCAUACUCGAUAUGAAACAAUUCGAAACAAAAUAG